UGCUCAUCGCUGGUCGAUCAAUCCCUUGAACAACUCACAAAUCUCUCUCGCCAACCACAUUUUACUGUUAACAAUAAUAUCCUGAAAUUAUAGUGUUUCAACUUCCAAAACAAUCAUCCUUCUCCGGCUCUCACUAUCCUUUUCCUUUUCUGUUGUCGGCUUGUAUUUCAGAUAAUUUACAUAGCGAUGGUAUGAGACUAGUCAAAAAUGGUGUUGAUGCAUAAGGACCAUGUUCUAAAUUUUGAUAUGAAGCAAAAUUGGAGAUAAGAGAUAAGAUAUAAACAAGCUCAAUUAUUAAACAAGCUCAAUUAUACUCCAUACAGCUCCAUUCACCUGCAAACUUACAAAUCUUUGCAAACUUAUAAAACUAUACAUUUUUUAUCAUCCACCUCAACGACCAUGAAGUUCCAAACUAUUAAUAAUCUCCUUCUUCUCCUCCUCCUCCUCCUCCUCCAUAUCUUCCCAGCAACAAGUGUUGCCACCACAGUGCCUGCUUACACCCCAGCAGACCAUAUCCUCCUCAACUGCGGUGCCUCCGGCGUCUUCAAAGACACCAGCCACCGGAGUUGGGUGGGUGAUGCCGGGUUAAAAUUCAUGCCAGCAAAUGCAGCCGCCAUAUCUUUAUCAUCCACAGCCUCCAAUAUAUAUCCCAAUGUUUCUCCAUUCCCUUAUCACACCGCUCGUAUUUUCAGUAACUCUUUCACCUACACAUUUCCCAUCACCAAAGGCCAGAAAUUCCUCCGCCUCUACUUCUACCCCAACACCUACUCCGACCAUAACACUUCUAAAUCUCUCUUCUCUGUCUCUGCAAAUUCCUUUACUCUACUGACCAAUUUCAGCGCUUUCCUUCACUCCCAGAAUUCUUCACAGCCAUCUUUCAUGAAAGAAUUCACCAUCGAUGUCCAAGAUUAUAAUCAAACACUAGUUUUAACUCUCUCCCCAGAGCCAUACUCCACCGGUUUCGUGAACGGCAUUGAAAUUGUGUCAAUCCCGGAUGAAAUCUACUUACACAGAAAUGAUUCAAUCAAACAUGUCGGCAAGAACACUCAGAUAUUUCAUCUGGGUCGCAAUUCAGCUCUUGAGACUGUUUACAGGCUAAACGUUGGCGGCGGCAGAGUUAAUAUUGAAGACGACAGUGGCAUGUACCGGGCGUGGUACCCAGAUGAUGACUACUUAAGUGGCCAAGCUUUUGGUUACACUCAGGCCAUCGGCAAUUCCGAGGUUAAUGCCACUGUUCCAUACAUUGCUCCAGAUAUAGUCUACACAAGUGCCAGAAUGACCUACAACACCAGCAGCUUAAAUUGGGAAUUUCCAAUGGAUUCAGGGUUUAACUAUCUUGUCAGGUUGCAUUUUUGUGAAUUUACGCAAGGUGUAACCAAGUCAGGACAAAGGACUUUUUCGAUUCUCUUAAACAAUAUCGUUGCUGAUAUUGCAGCCGACGUUGUCUCUUGGGCCGGCGGCCAUCUAAUUCCCACCUUCGAGGACUACACUAUAUGGCUACCUGAUUACCACAACGAUCGUGGGAAACAAAACCUGGGUCUGUCUUUGUCUCCUAACUCUGCAAAAGAUCGACAGUAUCGUAAUGCUUUCUUGAAUGGCCUUGAAAUAUUCAAGCUCAAUCGUACCAACGGGAGCCUAGCAUCUGCCAACCCUGAGCUUUUGGUCGAAUCUUUUGAGCUGACGGUGAAGCCCAAGCAGGAGAAGAAAAUUCGAGUAAUGUCUAUAAUUUUUGGGAGUGUGGUUGGCUUCCUUGCGGUGGCUGGAGUCUCGGCUUUCCUGAUUUGUCGAAGGCUGAAACCAUCUUAUGGCAGUGCUGCCGAGUCAUCAUUCCAACCUUCUUCAACCACGUCAACAUCCACAACUAGUACUAAUGCAGAUUUGCAUCCUUGGAAAUCCUGCAGAUAUUUCUCGCUCGCUGAGAUCAAAGCUGCAACAUCCAACCUAGAUCGAAACUCCAUCAUUGGGAGAGGAGGAUUUGGGUGCGUUUACAUGGGAGUCAUAGAUGAUGGUGCCACCACCGUGGCGAUAAAACGGCUCAACCCGUCGUCAAAUCAAGGGGCUCAUGAGUUCCUAACCGAAAUCCACAUGUUGUCAAAGCUGAGGCACCUCCACUUGGUAUCACUAAUCGGCUACUGCGACGAGGACGGCAAGAUGAUCUUGGUGUAUGAUUACAUGGCCCACGGCUCUUUACAUGACCAUCUCUACACCUCCCACAACCCCCAAUUAUCAUGGAAGCAGCGCCUCCAGAUCUCCAUGGGCGCUGCAAAAGGAUUGCACUAUCUCCACACUGUGGCUGAACACGCUGUCAUACACCGUGACGUCAAGUCCACUAACAUCCUACUCGACCGAAACUGGGUCGCCAAGAUUUCCGAUUUCGGACUGUCCAAAAUGGUGGAUUCAAAUGAUUUUUUCACGCACAUCAGCACCAAUGUCAAGGGCACCUACGGGUACUUGGAUCCGAAAUACUUUUCGACUCAUCAACUGACAAGAAAAUCAGAUGUGUAUGCAUUUGGAGUGGUUCUGUUCGAGCUUAUUUCUGGAAGAGCAGCAGUGGAUGUGAGGCUGGAUGAGGAGCAGCAUAGCCUGGCUGUAUGGGCUCGAUUUUGUGUGCGAGAAGGACGAGUGGAAGGACUCAUUGACAGCAACCUUGAGGGGCAGAUUUCAGCAGGUUGUUUGGAUGUGUUUGUUGGAAUAGCAGGGAGAUGCAUACACAUUCAGCCAUUGGAAAGGCCUAGCAUGGCUGAUGUGGUGAUGGGCCUCGAAUUAGCAGCGGCGUUACAGGAGACAACGGUGGUGUAUGAUGAUGAUAAUGAUUCCGGAGGGAUUCGCAGCGAUCAGAGCCAGGUGGUUGUUUCUAUGGAUGUGAUAUGUGGCACAAAUUGUUCAGAAUCGACCGGUUAGGGAACUUGAAAUAUUAGCAAGUAUAUAUACGAAGUAUGUCUCUACACAAUCAGGAGUCCUUUAUUUGUCGCAAAUUGUAAGAAAUAUGAAGAACGGUGAGUUGAAAAUGUAAUAAGUUAAUGGAAUAUACGGCCCACUUACUAACUUAAUGAAAUGUGAGUAACGGUAAAAUGAGACUUGCAUAAUACAAGUGUAUCAUGUGACUCUAGCCCAGUGGAUCAAGUCAUGACUAACCUUUCUGGUUGUAUCGAUCCCUUUCUAGUUGGGAGAACAGCACAAGAUAGCCUAGAGAUAUCCGUAGAAACAGCUGGAAGAUGCCUACUGGAUUGUGGAAUCGACCAGCCAUCAAUGACAGAUGUAGUGGCAAGACUUGAGGAUGCAUUACAGCUCCAAGAAACAACACAAGCUAUUAAGGGAAUCCAAACCCGAAGGAG